UUGAGACACAAACACGGAUUGAUCACUGUGGAUCUACGACAUUCAAACCGGCUGGUCUCUCGUUCAGUUUUAUCAUUUUUAACGUGUUUUUUUUUCUAUCACACAUAUAUGGAGGUAAUUCUAGCGAAUAGGAGAUUAUUAACAUUGUUAUUAGUGAUAAAUGGUUGCUAUGUUUCAAGUCAUGUUACAGCUACUGGGUCGCAAGCUACAGAUCAGCAUGUUUCAACCCACCAAGCGUUUGUUCCAACCUCCGUAGUUCAACCCACCAGUAUGACAGUAUCCAUAGAUCAACCCACCAGUAUGACGGUAUUAGCAUUGGAGGGAAGUACUACAUCAUCGAUGACCUACUCAGACAUAACGACACACCCAAUUAUGCCAUCAGCUUCGUCAGACACUGUGAAGCAAGGCGUGUCUCUCCCGCCGACAGUGAUGCCAAGUGCCACUAGUGCUGGAACGCUAGGCGAAUCUUCAUUAGGAACCAUUGGGAUGCUCACGACGUCGUCUGAUAUCAAAAGGGAAAGUAAGGGAAGUAUGGAAACACCAUUAUUGACAACAGGCAGCAUCGCUAUCUUAACAACAACAGCAACAGUAUCCAUGGAAAUGAGCGGUACGUCCAGCAUUUCAUCAUCGAGCUUACAUAUGCUUCCACCUCCCUUGGCUUCAAAUAUAUUAAGCAUAAGUGCAUCUUUUGAAUAUGAAAGCGAAAUAACUAACUUGAUAUCUUCUACAGGUGGAGGGGAGAUAACUUCAGACACCCACAGUUCCAGUAUAACCAGUGAAAUAUUUUCAAAUAAUGAUAUUAACACUCUAACCUCUAGCAUAAGCAGUGAUGGCAUGUUUACAAAUGACGUCACUAACACUCUAACAUCUGCCUUUACAUAUUUAACUAUCUUGUUGCCUUCUACUGACAGUAUAUUAAUAAACAGUGAAACAUUUCAAAGUGAAAGUAGCCAAAGAGUUAACACGGUCUCUUUGCAAUCCAAUUCCGUGGAUUCCAGCUUCAUAUUCGAAUACACUGAUGUGACGCCAUGUUUGUCUUUAAUUGUUCCCAUCAUGACGUCAUCUAUAUAUUAUGAUACGUCACUAAUGUAUGAUACAUCAUCGAUAGACUCCAGUAAUUCCGCUAUCUCGGCAUAUUCUUCACCGUCCAUAGUUCCUAGUAUCACCAUAGAAACAAGUAGUUUAAAUAGCGUGGACCUCUCCCCAGGUUUAAAUUCCGUCACCUCGACAUUUAGUCUAUCUAACAAUUCUCCAUCCUCAAUUUUAGAUAUGUCUAGUGGUUUCAGUAACUUGGUCGUAACCCCCAGUUCAAGCAACACCGAUACCACUGGGCAAUCAACAGACUCAAGUUUUUUAUCUGGAAUGAUAAGUACAACUUAUCCUCAGAAAACGACAAACCCAUCUUCUGCAGAAAGUUUACUUCCUUCCACAAUGUUGGAUAAUGCAUCUACAGCUAUGUCCAUAUUACCAUCUCCAUCGACGUCACUUCCGAUGCCGAGUUCGUCACUUCCUGUUGAUGAAACGAAACCGAAUGCCGAUCAUAGUAAAGGUGGUUUAACAAAUGGAGGAAAGGCUGCUCUAGGAAUCUGUAUUCCCAUCAUCAUUAUUCUUGUAAUUGUAGGAAUUAUAUAUUUGUUUUACAGAAAACGUCACUAUUCAGCAAGUUGGAAGUUAUCAGAUGUUGUGAGUUAUCGCCCUUGGUCAUACAACAAUGCCACCUAUUAUGAUGACGAGGUAUGGUGAAAUCGCACGUGGCGGUAGUAGUAAAGCGCCUUAACUCUUUAACUAACUGAGUACUUUAAUCAUACCAAGCUUGAAAUAAGACGACGAUGAUGAUGAUGUUGACGAUGCUAUCGUUAUCGGACAGUUUAGUGUUUGCUUGUUUGUCAUCUAGAGUGCACUUGGUUAUCAAGAAUCCAUAUCUAGAUUCUCUAUCCAGAUUCGAACCACAAAAAGAUUAACCAAUAAGAAUUGGGUUCACUGACAUCGUUGUUGAAAUCCUUUUACGGCAUUUAGUAAUUGAACAUAUAAUAUAAAAACACAAAUUUAUAUGGAAAACAAUCACGUAGUGUGAAAUAAAAUCGGUGAUUGUUUUCCAUAUAAAUUUGUAUUUUUGUUUUAUAUGACAUCGUUGUUGUUCAGUGAAUAACACUCAUUUUGAAUUCGAAAAAAAAACGAGCCACGUUACCAGACUGUUUCUGUAGGGUUUGGAGCAAACAGAAUGGAUUCUGAAUCUUUAACGGAUCUAGAUAAGGAUUCAUAGUAGCUAAUAAUUAUUAUUAAUAUCCUGACGUUUGAUUAUCCAAUUUUUAUCAAGAUCUCAAACAACAACCCCAUGCAUUUCGAACUUCGCGUUCGUUGGACGAUGAAAGAUACUGAUUUGCUUUUUUUUUUAUAUCCUUGUUCAAUCUGAUUAAAACACAAAUUUUUAUUAAGUUUCGAUUUUUAUAGUUCAAAAUCACUAGGAUCUGAAAGAGUUGUUAUAUAACCCACGUACUGGUUGAAAUGGUCAUUAGCCAAUGAAAGGGUCUGUUAGGGCGAGUUCUUGGUGUGCGGUGCACGGAACUAUGGGUAAACUGUAAACCACCACAAACAUCAACGCUGAUUGAUUAAUCAAUGUCUGACGUCAUCGAGUCAAAAGCUGCUCGUACGACCCCUGACGCAAUCUUCCAGUACAUCUGGUCAGAUCUUCAUGAAGUGUACCCUAUUGAAAGGAUAAAAAAAAAAAAAACGAAACGAAAUAAAGAUCUGUAUUUUAAUCAGAUUAUUUCUUGUUUAAUAAACGAUUUUGUUUUUUUGUAAAUAAUUGUAAAAUAGAUCCGCAACUUGUGAGCUGCCAUUUUGAUAACACAUGUUUUUAAGUUUGGAUGAAGUUAAUCUAGGAUCCACGUUUCCCUUUGUUAUAUUUCUUUACAGUUUUGUUUAAUUUUCCUUGCGGGAGGGAGGAGGGGGUGCUAUAUUAUUUUUUCACGAAUUAUAAGGCGACAUCGCUCGAAAAAUGUGUUAAUAAGUGGCCACAUAUAAUUGAAAUUUUUGACCGAAAUCAAUCAGGAUGUGCCAUUCUAAAUAUCCUAUUUGAAUAUUAAUGAAGUUAACCCAGGUUCUGCGUUGUGAUAUAUUUUAUAUUUGUUUCCAUGCUUUUGUUUUUAAUACUGGUGGAUAAAAACAGCACUUGAUUUUUUAAGGAGUGUGUGGACCAUCAACGCAUAAAAAUGUAAUUUGUGUGAACCAAAUCAAAAAAGGGGGCGAGACAAUACUUUUAUUUUUAAUACGGGUGGCUAUAAAAAAAAAGAACGCAUUGUUUUUGUUAGUGGUGUGUGAACCAUCAACACAAUUGUUUUUAAUUUUUGACCCAAAUUAAAAAGAGUGUGCUAUUUUAAAAUAAAUGUGAUUAAAUAUUAUAUAUUUGAAUAUUAAUUAAAGAUACAUUAUUGAAUAUGUAUUAUUAGAUAAUGUAAAGGGAAUAUGUUUAAACGAAAAUUUAGCGUUGAUUUUUCGGCCUAGCCUCAAUCAUCAUUACUAAAGUUGGUACGAUAAAAAACAACAACAUAGUCUCGGUUAUCCAUUUCAUGAUCGAUUAUAUUAUGAAUGGAAGUCGAACAGCAAAUCGGAACCUUAUCCAAUAGACAUCGCAGUUUUGUUCUAUUAUAUGCUCUGUUUGCGAAAUAUUAGGUAUCUGAAUCACAUGUAAGCAGUUAAAUAGUUCAGAAAUAAUGUUUCUUCUGGCAUUGCUUAAAGGGGCGGAAGGUGAACGAUUUCUAACAAGGUUUCUAUUAGUUUCAAGAUCUUAUUUCGUUUCGAUUUUUAUAGUUCAAAAUUUCGUUUUACUUGCCCUUACUACGCUAGGAUCUGGAAGAGUUGUUAUAUAACCCGGGUUCUGAUUGAUGUGAGGGAUUAGCCGAUGAAACAGUCUGUUGCAGCGAGAUCUUGGCAUGCGAUGCACGGAACUGUGGGUAUCCUACUAGAAACAUCAACGUUGAUUGCUUAAACAAAUGUCUGACGUCAUAGGUCAAAAGUCGCUCAUAUGACCCUUGACGCGACCUCUCACUACAACUGAUCAGAUCUUCAUGUAGUAGAGGCCAUCAAAAGUAUAAAAACGAAACAAAAUAUAGAUCCGUAUUUUAAUCAAAUUGUAUUAAUUUUUAAUAGAAAUUAAUUACUCGCAUACACAAAAUAUUGCUCUUAUUACACGUGUGAUUAUUUCUAAACAUAUAUUUAAAAUUUAUUGAAAGCAGGCCAGGAAAUAAGGGUUUUAGAUGUACCUGACAAAAUGUCAGACACUAAUGAAAUAGUACCUGACAUGUAUUAAUAAUAUCAAUAAAAAAGAUAAAUCCGUGCGGGACAAAAUGACAGGCAUCACGGGUUUUGUGCCUGACAAAGCCCGAAUUUGUGCCUGACAUUGUCUGUGACAGGUGACUUAUUUCCAGGCUUGAUUGAAACCAUGUUGUAAAUCGUUUGGUCUUCUCCCUUAAUACUUUUAAAUCAUGUCAUUUCUACAGCAGUUAGGUUGAUGGUUUAGUAUAUAUCUUGCUGGGGUAUAAAUUAAUUGUAUCUAUAAUUUAGCCAAAAUUAACAAUCCAUCGUAUCUUUCUUUACUGUUGUUAGCUACAACAUAAAUCCACUUGUUGGCAUCUAUGGUCCGUCCCAUUUAUGUUUUUGAUUAAUAAGAAAAUUGAAUAUGCUUUUUAAAAUAUAUUUUGAAUAUCAAUGUUCUGCUUUUGUGUAUUUGGUGCAUUGUGUUUAUUAUGAAGCCUUUUUUACGAGGCUCAAAUAUAUUGAUCUGAAUUUGAGUGCAAAUCUGAAUUUAGCAAAGGGUUUAUUCUCUCGUCUUUUGUGUGAGACGUAUGUAUUUUUGCCUUCAUGUUUUUAAAAAAUCACCCGUUUUUGAUACAUAGCUAUAUAUAAUGCGCCUGUAUUUUUAGAUCUGAUAUCAUGACGUAUACACAGUGGGGUAGCCUGGCAACUAUUGCUACGUUCGUUUGAAAUAUUACGCAUCCUGAGAAAUUUGCGCCACGCAACGCCACUGCCUAACGUCAUGUAAUGACUAACGAUUCUCGGUUUUAAUUUUUACCCGAUGUAGUGCAUUGAUGACUACAACCGGUUAUCAUUUGUUAGCGGUUAAGGGGAGAAGAUGGCCGAGUGGUUAGCGCCUGCGCGUAUUAUCACAAGGUCUGUCAUUGAGUCAAUUGGCGUGGUUUCCAUACCCCGGUUGUGGGUGACAAGGAGUAGGGUCGACUGCCCAACCUCGUGGGUUUUCUCCGGGCUCCGGUUUCCUCCCACUGCUAAAGACCCCUACGCGCAAGCGAAUUGUUGAAAAGAAUAUUGAACUAUAUGUUAGGCCCGAAAUGACCUAGUUUGUGUCGAGUGGACUUUAAACCCCAUCUCUUUUUUUCUAUGAAAUAGAAAACCUACUUAAUGUCACGAAAUAUUUGAAUAUUAGAGAUAUAGCUGUAAUGGAAAAACAUCAAAAAUGAUAUAAUUAAUAACAGAAACUAUCUUAUUUUCCGAAAUAUUUAAAUUUGACAGAUAUAUAUAUGUGAUUGAAAACAUAUAAAAAAUACCCUGAUUUUAGAGAUAUAGAUGUGUUUGGAAGAAUUAUUAAAUACAUAUCGAAUUGUUUUUGCACGUUAUGUAAUAACAAAACCCAACUUAAUGUCACGAAAUAUUUGAAUUUUAGAGAUACAGCUGUGAUUGAAAAAUAAUAUAGAAAAUACACCUAACUUAUGUCUGUGUUUUUGAAAGCGAAACGACCCCCCCCCCCCCCAAAAAAAAAAACCAACCCUACUUAAUGCCACAAAAUAUUUGAAUUUUAGAGAUUUAGCUGUGAUUGAAAAAUAAUAACAAAAAUGCAUUUUAUUUUUUUUGUAUAUUAUGUAAUAACAAAAAACCUACUUAAUGCCUCAUGAAAUUUUUGAAUUUGAGAGAUAUAGCUGUGGUUAAAAACAUAUUAAAUUUUAGAGAUUUAUAUGUGUUCGAAAAGCAAUUAUCGAAAAAUGAUCUAAUUUUAUUUGCAUGUUAUGUAUUUUUAUUUAUUUAAAAAAAACAAAAAAAACUACUUAAUGUCACAAACUAUGUGAGUUUUGUUUGAAUUAUUUCGAAAAGUCUAAUUUUAAUUGUAUGUUAUGUGUAUUUAAAAAAAAACUACUUAAAGAUACAUUAUGUAAGAUUUAGAUAAAGAGUUGACCAUUCUUGCUAUAAUAGCUCAAAAAUAGAUAAUGUAAAAUGAAAAUAUUGAAAAUUUCAUUCAAAUUACUUCAUUCUGAACCAAGUCAUCACUGUGUGUAGGUUUGAUAGUGCAGAGUGGUAACCAGGACACUGGUAUAUUUGAGACAUAGCCUCGCUUUCCCAUUUUAAAAUUAAAUUUUUGAAUGGCGAUCCGUUCUAAUCUAGUUAAAAUCUCAAGUAUCCGAUGCCAUCAAGAGUUGAUUAUACUCUUGUCUUGUUAAUAAAUGUCUAAUUAAGUUUGGUUUAAUGGUUGGGAGCGAGACAGUAAGUAAUAUAUUGAAACAACAUGAGUGACGUUGUCACGAGUUGUUGUUUCGAGUUGUUGUUUCAAUAUAAUACACAAUGUCUUAAGAUAGAGACCAUUAAACCACACUUAAUAUACAGACACCCGCACGUGCUUUGCAAUGAAAUGCGUCACAUGAGUCCAAAAUUUUAACUAGUAUAAAUAAUGUACGCAUGGCGCAUUGUCCUUACCAUUAUUUGAAAUAACAUCAACGGAUGACGUCACGUCUGUAUUUGAAUAGUUUAUAUAACAUUUCAGGCCUAACGAAAGACCUGCAAUAGGCAUAAUGUAUGUUUAAUGCAACAAACUCUGUUAUUUUAUUUGAAUUUUUUCGAAAAGUCUUAUUUUAUUAUUUGAUGUAAUAAAGCGCCAACUUAGUUCCAUUAUUUAAUGAAUUAUAUACUUACACUAACCAUAUAUUAACUACAGGGAAAACUUGUGUUGCUCAAAUAUCUUACAGGUGUGGUCGUAAAAUCUUAUUAAAUGUCAAAUCCAAAAAAUACUAUUAUUACGAUUGUCAUGUUACUUAGCAAUUACAUAUUAAGGUGAUAUCUUUAUCUUAUUUAUUAAAGUAUACCACUGGCUAACCACUGUGACCUUUGACCAUCUCGAACAGUCGUGUGGCUCGUGUGGUUGACAGGACUGGGUGUCUUGGUUAUUUUGUUCAUUGUAAGCCAAUAAUUUUAUUUUGACUAAAAGUAAGAAAUAUGACUAUUACAAAUAAUUUUGAGAUGUGUCGAAUGAUCUAAUUAUUUUAUGUGUUUCAUCAUAAUUAAUGAAUAUGUAUUGUCCAUUUUCACAAUAACAAGAUAUUAUGACGUACGUCUUGUCCCUUGACUGCUGUAGCUGGUGUUUAAUUGUAUACUGCGAUGAACGGAUAUUGACCUUCUCCAUGCUUGGCUGUUACCCUUGAAAAAUAUUGUGAAAAAUUUAAGAUUAUUCCUAAAUAAGAGAAUGCAAUGAGCCCUAGAGGGAACUAACCCGUUUAGAUUUUUGGGAUAGGACAAGCCCUAUAGGACUAAAUUUCAUUUCAGAAUAUCAACGGAAGUUGAUUUUUGUUCAAUUAAUUUUGGUUUAAGCAGUGAUCCACUUCACAUUUAAUUAAAUGGACACUGACUUUCAUAUUGGUGGGUGGGGGGAUAUAUCACUGAUCAGGUUCAAAAUGCAAUAUAGAUUAUUAAAGUAGAACAUUGAUAGGAAAGAAAAUACUUCGGAGAAUCAACUCUGAAGUAGACACCCGAAACUCAAAAGCCGAUAGUAGAAAUUAUGUCGAUUAAAGUACAAUUCUGGAAAUUUAAAUUUGAAAAGAUGAGAUCUUUUUUCAGGAUAAACGCAUGAAGAUACAGUUUUCCUCUCCCAUUGAGAUAAGAAGUUCCUCUUUUACUUUCAAUUUUCUACUCUUAACUCUGAUCGUAUUUUGAACCUGAUAUCCUUCUUCGCAUUAUGAACCUGGACCCUAUUUCUCAAAAUUUUAACUAAGAUAAAAUCCAUAUUUUAGUAGAUAAUUCAAUCUUGAUUGGCUAAGUACUUAAAUCAAUCUAAUAUUAUACAAUCAAAUUACUAAAAUCCAAAUUUUAUCUUACUUAAAAUUUCGUGAAACAGGCUCCAGUACAUCAGAUUGACACAGCCAUGACACCGUUCCUAGCGUGUACGUACAACAAGACAUCGGCUACCACAGUCAAUGUACCGGGCGUUUAUCGCCAAAUCUUGAAAUGGUAUUUUUCUCAAUUUUUAUUGUUUUUUUGUUGGAUGAUGUAUAGUAUAUUGCUAAAUAUGCAUGUUAUAUUUUUGGUAAAUAAAUUAUUUUGUAUUUAGUUAAA